AUGGCGGCCUCGCCCUCGAGCGCCGCCGGUGCCACGACGGCAAACAGCUCGCCGUCCUCCGACCCCAUCCUCCGCAACGCGCUCCGAUACACCAUCUCCGCUCGCGAAUACGCCCUCUUGCACAAAUAUGUCAUUUCGAAAUCCCGAGCGCUGAAGCGGCGAGCGCCGACGGUGGAGAAGGUGAGGAAUAUGAUGGAUGGGCCUCAGCAAAUGCCACAGCAGCAGGGGAGGACGGGGUCUAUUGGUGGGCAGGGGGAUAAGAGACAGGGAUCGAUCAAAGGGAUGGAUGUCGCUCCGCCGACAGCACAAGGGGCGGAUGAUUACAAUGCAAAGGCCAUCAGGCAUUCCAUCAGGGUGUUUAUGGCCACCGGGGCGGUGAUGAAGCUUUGGGGGUUGGCGCAGACGAGGUUGUUGGGGAAGAAGGGGGAUGGGGGAGGGAAGGAUAAGCAGGGGAGGUUGCACAAUAGUCCUACUCUGAGGUUGGGGUUGAGUUUGAGCACGAUUUUGUUUCUGUAUAGGGUGUUGUUUAGGUUUUUUACGAGGUUGAGGGUGCAGCUGCUGGAGCCGAGUGCUGCGCCGUUUAGGAAGCGGAAUCCGAAGACGGCGAGCACGCUGACGAGUCCGUACGCGCCGGCUGUUGGGGCGAGUUUGGCGGGGUUGGCGUUGGGGGUUUAUCCGGCGGAGCAGUUGAGGGUGACGAUUGCUUUGUUUUUGGGGUUUAAGGCUGUGGAGUGGGGGUGGAAUUGCGCAGAGGAGAAUGGGAUGGUUUGGGGGUGGGAGAAGACGGGGUUGGGCGGGAAGGGGAAGAUGAGGGAGAGGCCUUGGUGGUGGGGGAGUUGGAUGUUGCAGCCGUUGGCGUUUGGGCAGUUGUUGCAUGCGGCGGUGUUUGAUAGGGAGUGUUUCCCGAAUGGGUUCGGGAAUGUGGUGGAGAGAUUUUCGUUGACGUAUUUGCAUCCCAAGCCAGAGGAUUUCCCGGCGGGAAUGCAGUGGCCUACAACUGAGGUGGUGGUGGACGGGAUUGCGAGGAUGGCGAAGUUGAGCUGGCCGGCGUUUAUCUCGCCAACCCUCUUCCCAGGCAAAGAGGACACCCUCCCCCCUGGGCUCUCCGCCAUCGCGCCUCUGACCUCGGGCGCCCAUCCCCUUAUCACGUCGCUUUCUUGUGCGACACUUCACCCCUCCGACCCAUCUUGCACACGCACAUUCCUCACCUUCUGGCUCCGCUCCUUCCCACCACUCACCCGCAUCCUUUUGCUGGUCUACUCUGUCCUGAUGCUCCCCAAGAUGAAGUCCUUUUAUCACUUCCCCGUCUCCACCAUCCAGACCCUUGUGUCCAACGCUCUCCGGAUGUCGACCUUCCUCACCGGCGCCGUUGCCACCGCCUGGUCAAGCAUCUGCUUCUUCCAGAGCUGGUUCCCACGGACUUUCCUGCCCACUCAACGGAUGUUCCUCGGUGGGUUCCUGGCUGGUCUCUGGGCGAUUAUCGAGCAGGGGAGACAAGGAAGCAGACAGAUCUUCUUGUAUAGCGCCAAGGCUAGUGUCGAAAGCUUCUGGAAGGUGGGAGUGAAGAGGAGGUGGUGGAGGGCGAUGAAGGGGGGUGAUGUGUGGGUUUUUGUUGCGGCGUUGAUGCUCACUGGUGUUGUGUAUGAGAGGGAUGCGAGGGCGAUUAAAGAGGGGAGCUGGAGGAAGGGGAUCAGCUGGGUUAGGGGAGAGGGGUUGAGGGAUUGGGGGGUUGAGGUUGAGGAGGGGGAGGAGGAUGAGGAACGGGAGAAAGAGGAGUGA